AUGGAAGAGCUGAUGCCCAGCAAAGAAUUCUGGGCUGAAGCAGCUUUGACGGAUCCAGCGCUGUUUAACGCUGAUGUGGAGGAAAUGCACGAAACGUUGCAAUGGUUGGAAGAGUUCCUCUGGAACCAGGACUGGGCGGUGGGCUUCGGCCGACACGCCCUGGCGGAGCGGAUCCGGCACCGGCCCUUUCUGCUCUUGCAAGGAGUCGAAGGCUUGGAACAGAGCUUGGCUUGGCUGGAAGAGCGCGGCCUUGAAGAUGAAGUCGUGAGGUCCUACGUGGCCGGACCUACAGCCGUGCCAUAUCCAUCUGAGCCCUACCCAUGGAUCGAGUUGCUGCAACUGGGUACCAAAGGUUUGCAGAAAGCCGAAACUUGGCUCAUGAAGAAUCGCAAGUGGAGCGCAGAGCAGGUGCUGGUUGCUGUAUGCUUCCCGUUCCUUUUGCAUGCACUGCCAGCAUUGGCUGCAGGUUUCAAACGCUCUGUGUCAAGAACCGUGCCCUGUGCUGAACAAGAGGGCCCUUCAAUUCCUUUGCUGACACAAAUUGCAAUCGGUUUCGAACAGAUACUCUGCAAGGUGGCUACGGCUACACCAGCCAGCCCUUCAGGAAGUCCUGACACGGCCUAG